AUGCCCUCGCGGCCUCUGCCUCGUCCCCGCCGCCCCAGCGCGGGCGUCAUUUUCACUCACCUGCGUUCUAGGGGGCCGAGGACACCCUGCCCGAAGCUGGUCCCUGACGACGGACCGCGCGACACGCGGGCACCCGGGCGUCCUGGUCCCGCCCUUCGGGCUAAGGAGACGGCCGCAGGUCCCACCUCCCCCCCGCAGGCGGGCCAGCUCCGCGCGGUGUCACACGACAGUCGCUCGCCUCGGCUCCGAGCGGCCUCCGAGCGCCGCGUCUCCCGGCACCGCCUCCGCUCGGCCGCUGGAGGCAAUCAUUUGGCCUUAUUUCCUCCGUGGCAGUCUAGUAACUAUGAUGUGGUAGUUGGCGUGUUGUCAGCUCGCAAUAACCAUGAACUUCGAAAUGUGAUAAGAAGCACCUGGCUGAAGCAUUUGAUACAACAUCCAGCAUUAAGUCAACGUGUGCUUGUGAAGUUCAUAAUAGGUGCUCGUGGCUGUGAAGUGCCUGUGGAAGACAGGGAGGAUCCUUACUCCUGCAAACUGCUCAACAUCACGAAUCCAGUUCUGAAUCAGGAAAUCGAAGCAUUCAGUCUUUCUGAAGAUACUUCAGGGCUCUCAGAGGACCGAGUUGUCAGUGUGAGCUUCCGAGUUCUGUACCCAAUUGUUAUUACCAGUCUGGGAGUGUUCUCUGAUGCCAGUGAUGUGGGUUUCCAGAGGAACAUCACUGUCAAGCUUUAUCAGGCAGAACAGGAGGAGGCCCUUUUCAUCGCUCGCUUUAGUCCUCCCAGCUGUGGUGUGCAGGUGAACAAGCUCUGGUACAAGCCUGUGGAACAGUUCAUCUUGCCAGAGGUACAGGGUGCAAUGAAAAGACUAUCGUACCAUGCAGUCCUUCAUAGGAGUUGGUACGUGCUUUCAGAGACAGCACUUGGUGGUUUAUUGUCCCAGGGCAGCUCUCCAGAGUGGGGGAUGAUGAUACCAGCUUUGGGUGUACUAAAACAUAGUGCUCUGCAUACACUCCUCCAGAGAACUUUGUGAUGCCUCAGGGGUUCCAAAACCACACUUUUUGAAAAGCACU